AUGCGUUCAAUGAUUGUCGCCUUCGCUGUCAUCGUUGUGGUCGCCGUCGGUGUGACCGCAAACAACGAGAAGUAUCAGAAAACCGCUCUCAAAGACAUUCACAACCUUAAGUUUGAUAGCGUAAAGCCGGGCGUUAACGUAACAAACUUUGCCUUAAAAUCCAACGACUGUUGGACAUGUGGGUACCCCUGCGAGUCCAUCUACUGUUGUGAUGACGGUAACCCCCAGUGCUGUCAAGUCAGUGGUAUGUGCGCCUGUUGUGCCGCUUAAACGCAUUUACCUUGGUCAACCUAUCUAUCAUUAAAUUAUAGAUUAAAAUAAACGUUUAGUUAUUAAUGUCCUAAUGGUCUCUACUAUUGUUAAAAACAUUAUAACACUUACAC